AUGUGUUCUCGUGGAGACAGAGGCUGCCACAACACCGAGAGCUCCUGCCACAGCGGAGGUUCCUCCUGCCACGACAGGGAGAGGUCCUGCCACGGCUCUGAGGAGGUUAUCUGCCAUGAAGUGAGCGCUGUGCAGGACGUGACGCCGGUCGUGGUCCUCCCUCCCCAGGGCCCCGUGGUCACUGUGCCCGGGCAGGUCCCAGUGGCUCCUGCUCCCUGCCUGCAGCAACAACAGAUCAAGCAACCGGUGCAGUGGCCCCCGCAGCAGCAGAAGUGA